CUUUUCUCCACUCCUUGGGUCAGGUCCGUCUAGUCAUCCAUGAGAAGGGCCUGAUCUGCGAUGAGAGGGACGUGAGUCUGCCCUUGCAGGAGCACAAGGAGCCUUGGUUCAUGAGGCUGAACCUGGGGGAGGAGGUGCCUGUCUUCAUCCACGGGGACACCAUCGUCAGCGACUACAACCAGAUCAUCAACUACAUGGAGAAAACCUUUGCAGGAGAGGCAGUGGCUCCGCUGAUCCCAGAGGCCGACUCCCCGGCCCACGAGCGCGUGCAGCAGUACCGCCAGCUCCUGGACGGCCUGCCCAUGGACGCGUACACCCACGGGUGCAUCCUGCACCCCGAGCUCACCACCGACUCCAUGAUCCCCAAGUACGCCACCGCAGAGAUCCGGAGACACCUGGCAAACGCUGCGUCUGAGCUGAUGAAAUUGGACCACGAAGAACCUCAGCUGACAGAACCAUACCUCUCCAAGCAGAAGAAGCUCAUGGCCAAAAUCUUGGACCACGAUAAUGUGAAUAACCUGAAGAAAAUUCUGGGAGAGUUGAUCAUGGUUCUAGAUCAAGUGGAAGCUGAACUGGAGAAGAGGAACCUGGAGUAUCAAGGGGAGAAGUGUGAGUUGUGGCUAUGUGGACCUGAAUUCACACUGGCAGAUAUUUGCCUGGGAGCCUUGUUGCACAGGCUCAAGUUCUUGGGACUUUCGAAAAAAUACUGGGAAGACGGCAGCCGGGCCAACCUCCAGUCCUAUUUUCUGCGCGUGCAGAAGCGCUACGCGUUCCGCAAGGUGCUGGGAGACAUCCACAGCACGCUGCUGUCCGCCGUGCUGCCCAACGCCUUCCGCAUGGUGAAGAAGAAGCCGCCAUCUUUCUUCGGGGCCUCCUUCCUCAUGGGCUCCCUCGGGGGGAUGGGCUACUUUGCCUAUUGGUUUUUAAAAAAGAAAUACAUGUAGUGAAUGCCCUCUUCUUGUGUUUUAACGUCUGUGUAUUUGUGCGAUGUUUCAACUUUUUCUGUAAGGUUUUUACGACCGCAGGAAACCUAUGAAUCUAUAUAGAGAACACUAUUACGUAUCUGGGGGGACUAAGAAUAUAAAGAACAUUCCACAAGAAGGAAUCAACCACAGCACAUUUUGCAGGUUACAGCGCCGUUGCCUCCCUAUAUUUCUGGCGACCUAGCGGUCUCAUGGCUGAGGACGGAUGAGGCCUUUUAUAGCUUGAUGGAGGCACGCCAUUAUGUCCAGUUAUACUCAAAUGAUAAACGUCAUGAUCUUAAUACAUAAGAAAGCUCAAACAAAAUGUAACGGGGUUUAAUCACAGAUCAAACUAAGAUUGAUGACUGGUUUGAUUUGACCGUAGCAUGCCACUAUACUCUUCGACCAUAGUGACUGCGUCUUUGUGCACACCCUAUAGGCCCGGUAGGCCACUAGUAAUCCUCUACCUGGUUGAGAUUCAACAGGUCUAAUGCCAGGAGACCUCCAUGUUGAAAAGCUUCUAAGAGUCUUGCCAGAAACUGCCAGUGGAGCUAACGGACUGAGUCAUUCACACUUUGUACACCGCCGACAAUUCAAACAACCCCCCACACACACACGCACCCCCCCUCAGAGGUCCCCUUUCCUUUGAAGGAGCACAUUGACACCCAUGGCCCAGGGGCAGCGACGGCCCGCUGGGGGGGGGGGGCUGGUUUAGGCCCGGCCCGGUCAGCAGGGAGGCAGCGGUCACCGAGGGCGAGGGCAUGGGGUUCAAAUCAUUAAGGUUGUAAUAGCAUCGUUUCAUUUUUCAUUUUGCCUGUUUCAUCUGGAAAUGAUCUGUACAUUGUUAUGAGCAUUGAAGAAAAUAAGAUUUGUUUGAGGGUUAAAAUAACUAAAAGAUGAUAAAUGCUUCCCGACGCCUCCCCGUCUGGUUGGAGCCAGCUUAUUGGAUCAGCACUUGAUGCAGGGGACUUUGACUUGCUUUUCGAAAGCUAUUCAGAUCUCCAGUUAUGAAACAAUAUUUGGGUUCUUGAUUAUUUCGGAAUGGUUUUACAUUGAUUCAUGAAGACUCCUGUUCAGGAACCUGACCUCUUAUGACUGGAGACUUGAAAACAACAACUGAGCUCCCAACAAGCUGCUCUCAUGGCUACAAACACGAAGCUACAGUACACAGCCACCUGGGAGGGAGACACCGUGUACAUGGUGUGGUUUAAGAGGGAGAAGUCAACUCAAACUAAUUUCAUGUAAUGUAAGAACACUCAAUUCUAAAAGUUUCACCAUGACCCCCCUUGAUCACCCCAAUGUCCCCUUGGGUUUAUCAAAAGGUUAAUCAAAGCCCCUCUUAAAGACAGGUGUUUUUUGUUCAGGUCAUACAGGACUAGAGAUUUUACCACAACAAAUGCUUGGUAUAAUUGUCAAUGUAUAACACAAUGUAUAACCACAAACGACACAUGUUUUAGAACAAUAUUUUAUAGACAUAAUUUGAUAUGCAUGUAAGAAAUGAUAGGGAAAUAUGGCGUAAAAAAAUCUUAAAGGAGACAUAUUAUACCACCAGGUGUGAGUGUGAUUAGCCUUACAAGCUGUUUCGAAAAUCUGCCCCAUAUGACAUCACUAGUGGGCGUGUCCACCUAGAUCUGUGCUGGACAGAUCAGUCUACCAACCUACCCAAUGGACUAAAGUAAACGUUGCUCAUCUAUCCAUGUAGUAUAAUACGACUCCUUUAAAUAGGCUCACAAGCCCGAUUGGACGUGACCUUCCAUGCAUCACCCCAAAUGAUCCAGUAUUUUUGUCCCAUUUUUACCAUGCCUUCCAUAAUCUUGGCUUUGGGAACAGCCAAAUAUACUUAGUCUUCAAAAGGACCUUUACAGAAACAGAAUAUUUCAAUACAUAACCAGCCUUUAAUUGUGAGCAGUUUGUUCUUUAUGAUGGUAGGUUAGGUGGGAGAUGUUUAGUGCUUCUUAAAUCAGCUUGCCUAAGGAUUGGACGUCUGUUUCAUGGAUCACAUAUACAAAAAAUGUGGUGUUACUUUUGGCCAUUCUAUCUCACAAUAGUAUUUUUUUAUCUUUUACUUUUAUUUUUUUAUAUUUAUAAAUAUGCAUUAAUUUAUGGUGCUUUUUAUGAUGUUUUGUUCAUGAGCCUUAACAUUUUCAGUUGCCAUCAAAAACCAAAAUUAAAUGAUGAAAAUGUAA